AUGGCAAGUCAGGCAGUGUUCAAAUACCUACUCAACACCUAUGAGUCACUUGCUACUGCACACAAGUCUGUUGAUUACGAGGCCAUCAAUGCACCAGAAGAUCACCUCGCAAUAAACGUAUGUGCUGGCUGCAACAAACUAGCAGACUACUACAGCAAACUUGAUGAUUCGCCCUACUACUUCAUUGCAACGCUCCUCCACCCAUACUACAAGACAUACUGUGAUAACGCAUGGCGUGAGAAAGAUGGUUGGUUUGCAGCAGGUUACGCUGGCUUCCAACGGGUCUGGCGCAAAUACAAACCUCUACAACCGCUUUGUUGUUGUUGUCCCACAGGAGUUGACGGCUCUAUAGACAAUACUAUAGAUGCCUUUGUCAACUCAGAGAUGUGUGACGAUGCUGCUGAGGACGAUGAAUAUAAUGGCUGGAUCAAAUAUGAGACCCAUUGGACUAUCCCAAAUUAUCGCAACUGGCAAUUGACAUGCCCACAAUACCCGCCUCCAGCAGCGACUGUGAGCGUUGGGCCUGAAUUACUGGCUGCUUUGUUGACUCUCCGUAGCUGGAUCUGUGCGGGUUUCAAAACACCAAGUGGUGCUGAGGCAGAUGCAUACAGCGACAAGGAGGUUGAUGCUGAGUACGCAGUUGAAGAGUGGAAAGACGCCAAUAUAUGA